GCCAUGCGGUCGGGUUACAAAGAUGACCCAACAUUCCGCAAAGUACUGGAACAGCCGACUCAACAUCGUGCAUUUACCACGCGCAGUGGGUUGAUCUAUAGCCAAAACAGACUAAGUGAGGAGGUAUUGUGCAUACCCUGCAUGCUACAUCAACAACAAGCCAUUAUUGAGCUCGUAAAAGACCGAGCACAUACAGCGCUUGGUCACUUGGGACCCCAGUGCACGUCGGAAUACGUACGAAGAUGGUUUUGGUGG